UACCAGGAAAAAAGUCAGAGAACUCGCGGCAGGGACGGAAAUAACAACGCCGAUCAGUUCAUUCUCUUUGCAAACGCAACCGCCGCAGUUGAUAGACCUUCCGUCGAUCAACAAGAAAGCCAAAAUCAUGGUGAUCCUCAACAACAACAAUUAAGUCCUCUUUCAAACUCGUCAGUCCUUUUUUCUAAUAAUUUGGGUCCCCAAAUCAAACGCCAGAGAGAAGAGUUAGACCAGUUUCUUCAAGCCCAGGGGCAGGAAUUGCGGUGUUCGUUAGCUGAGAAAAGGAAAAGGCACUACCGUGCGCUACUAGGUGCGGCAGAGGAAUCGAUGGCGAGAAGAUUGAGAGAGAAAGAAGAGGAAGUGGAGAAUGUAAACCGUCGGAACGCCGAGUUGGAGGCACACGCCGCACAAGUUAGCCUGGAGGCGCAGGUUUGGAUGGCUAAAGCGAGGGCGCAGGAGGCGUCGGCGGCUUCUUUACAAGCGCAGCUUCAACAGGCUAUAAUGAGCGUAGGAGCCGCCGCGGAGUACGAUAGCAGGAUAAGGGACGCGGGGAUGAACAGCGCGAGUGGGGUGGAAGGGACGGCGGAGGACGCCGAGUCCGCAUACGUGGACCCCGACCGGGUGGUUGCGUCGGGACCGCCUUGUAAAGGCUGUGGGAUACGUGUGGCGUCAGUGGUGCUGCUGCCUUGCCGGCAUCUUUGCUUGUGUACAGAAUGUGAUAGAGUGGCCCAAGCCUGCCCGCUUUGCCUCACCUUCCGGAAUUCGCGUUGACGUUUUUCUUUCUUGAAAGUUUUACUUUUCAAAGGUAAGAGAACAAAAAGUUCAGAAUAA